UUGGACUUGUUUGUCUGCAUCAAUUUUCUGGCAAACUUAUAAAAGUGUAAACAUCAGUUUACACUUUAAUGAAUGCAAUAUUUGGUGUCAGUUUACUGCACUUUUUAGCUGAAAUCAUUUCAGCUGAAUUAUACUGUUAUUCAUGUACAAGUGCCCAAUCAGGCUGUGGUGAUCCAAUAGAUGUUCGACUAAUGCAUUGGAAAAAAUGUACUGGUCGAAGAUUGAUUGAAAAUUACUGUGUUAAAUUAGUUCAGAAGGUUGAAGAUCAAAUCACUGUAACACGUGGUUGUUUAAGUGAUCUGCUAUUGAAUACACAAUAUCGUUUAGAUAUGCCACAACUUCGUCGUCAUGGUUACUGUGUAAAUUCACGGGAUUAUCAACAAUAUUUACUUGGAAAAUUAAAAGGUGAUGUAUUAGCUGAAACAGCUAUGGGAUUAUUUAAGGAUAAAAAUAUGAAUUUUAAACGAUUUUGUUAUUGUAAUGAUUGGAAUGGAUGUAAUCAUGUAAAUAAAUUGAAAGUUUCAUUGGUUUUUGUCCUAUUCAUUACAUUAAUGACUAUGAUGAUGAAUUUGUAGACUUUUUUAUUUUACUCGCCUUUUUACAUACAUUAUAAGAAUACUACUUAAUAGGCCUAACAGUAGGUAAAUUUUAUGCAUAAAACUAAUUUAUUGUUAAUUUAUUUGUGAAAUUUAAUUCAGAAUAUGUAAAUAAUAAAUUUUAUGUGAUUGG